AGCUUUGGGCUCCACUAAAAAACUGAACCCCGAUUUUCCGGAUCCUGACGGCACUAUGGCCGAGCCUGCUGCCAAGAAGGCCAAAACUGCUGCCCGCACCUUCCUUUUCUCUUCGGAGUCGGUGAAUGAGGGCCACCCGGACAAGCUCUGCGACCAGGUCUCAGAUGCUGUGUUGGAUGCCUGCCUCAAGGUGGAUCCGAAGUCAAAGGUGGCCUGCGAGACCGUGACCAAGGACAACAUGGUCAUGGUGGCGGGUGAAAUCACCACCCAGGCCAAACUGGACUAUGAGAAGGUAGUUCGUGGUGUGGUGGCGCAGAUUGGUUUCGACAGCAUCAACAAGCAGAGCCCGGACAUCGCGGGCGGCGUGCACGUGGGCAAGGAUGAGAUGGAUGUGGGUGCUGGAGACCAGGGUAUCAUGUUCGGCUAUGCCAGCGAUGAGACUUCCGAUUGCAUGCCCCUGACCCAUUCCAUCGCCACCCGAUUGGGCAAGAAGCUCACCGAUGUCCGCAAGAGCGGCGAGUUGUGGUGGCUGCGCCCGGAUGGCAAGACGCAGGUCACCAUCGAGUACGUGGGCAAGGAGGAUGGCUCCGUGGAACCCCAGAAGAUCCACACAGUGGUCAUCUCCACGCAGCAUGCAGAGCCUUUGAAGGCGGUUCGAAGCAAGGAGUGCGCUGGCUACAAUGGCCCAGAGAUGACUGCUCCUAGCAUGGCUGACAUGAACAAGGAGAUCGAGGAGAAGGUGAUCAAGCGCACCUUGGAGGAGAUCAAGCUUAAGAGCGGCAAACCUGCCUUGACACUGUAUGGCAGCCACACGCAUUUGCACAUCAACCCCUCGGGCAAGUUCAUCAUCGGUGGCCCUCAGGGUGACGCAGGCCUCACAGGCCGCAAGAUCAUCAUCGACACCUACGGCGGCUGGGGAGCCCACGGUGGCGGCGCCUUCAGUGGCAAGGAUCCCACCAAGGUGGAUCGCUCCGCAGCAUACAUUUGCCGACAGAUGGCCAAGUCCGUGGUGUCUUCUGGUUUGGCAGCCAGGUGUUUGGUGCAGCUGUCCUAUGCGAUCGGCGUCGCCAAGCCCUUGUCUCUCUUCGUAGAGGCUUAUGGCAGCGAGAAGGGCCAGCUGACGGUGGAUGACAUCACCAACGUCUUGAAGAUUGAGUUCGACUGCCGUCCCGGUGCCAUCGCCGCGUCCCUGGCCCUUCGGGAACCAAAGUACCAGGAGACCGCGGCCUACUGCCACUUCGGCAGGGAAGCCGUGACCAAGGACGGCAUCAAGUUCUUCGAAUGGGAGAACGCCAAGGACUUGAAGAAGUAUGCAUCCAUGAGCAGCGAACAGGUGGCUGCUGCCCUGAAGGGCAGCAACUACCUCACCAAGUGGGUGGACUAAACGCCAGGGCGACCAGGCCUUUGGCGCGUUUUGGCGCCACAAAGUUUCUCAGCUGAUUUUGAGCAAGGCCUCGGAUCCUGCAGUGAGCGACUGCCGCGACGGGGCAUUUUCUCUAUCGAAUUUUGGAUGGUUUUUCGUUUUCG